AUGACUUUACUAUUCAGGGUUGCCUUCAAGUGGGAUUUGUGGACACAACCAAUAAGAAUAUUCACUCAGACACUAAUACCCGGUGACAUGUUAAUGUUUCCAAAGUGCCUUGUGCACUUCCAAUUCAAUGCUGAUCCUCAGAAACUUGCUGUAGCUAUUUCUGCCUUUGGUAGUGCUAGUGUCGGGACUGUGUCCAUUCCUAACACUUUUUUUAACACAACCAUUAACGAUCAUGUCUUGGCUUUGGCCUUCAAAACUGAUGUUGCCACCAUUCAAACUUUGAAGAAAGGCUUUGCUCACAAAGCAUGA